AUGAAGCUCUCUAGCCUACUACAUGGCAUCUUACAGGUGCUUUGCCUGUCUCAGCCUGCUCUGGCCGGUUUUCCCACCAGCCCGGAAGGCGUUACGGUCCUAGAGUCUCGCUUUGGUGACAACGUGACCAUCUCCUACAAAGAGACUUAUAUUUGCGAGACCACGCCUGGAGUCAGAGCAUUCGCGGGCUACGUCCAUCUCCCUCCCGGCUCCCUGGACGACCUUGGCGAGGAACAAAGCUAUCCCAUAAACACCUUUUUCUGGUUCUUUGAAGCGAGGAAAAACGCCAGUACCGCCCCGCUGUCAAUAUGGAUGAACGGUGGCCCCGGAAGCUCAUCGAUGCUGGGAUUACUGGUCGAGAAUGGACCGUGCUAUGUCAACCCGGAUUCCAAUAGCACGAGGUUAAGCGAAUGGUCGUGGAAUAAUGAAGUCAAUAUGUUAUUCCUUGAUCAGCCUGUACAAGUUGGUUUCUCGUAUGACGUGCUCACCAACAUCACCACCAACCUCGUAUCAGGCGACAUCACACUCCUGAAUGAUACCGAUCCCCUCCCGGAUCAGAACGCCACGUUCCUUACGGGCACAUACCCAUCGCAGGACGGCAAUAGCACCGCCCUAGGUAGCCGAAACGCCGCAAUUGCACUCUGGCAUUUCGCACAGACCUGGUUCCAGGAGUUCCCUUUCUACCGUCCAACCGACCAGAAGAUCUCUUUGGCCACCGAGUCCUAUGGCGGCCGCUACGGUCCCGCCUUCUUCGCCUUCUUUGAGGAACAGAACCAAAAGAUCGCCAACGGCAGCUUCACCGACGACGACGGCGAGAUGUUCAUCCUCAAUCUCGACACCCUCCUGAUCAUCAACGGCUGCAUUGACCGACAGGUCAUGUACCCAUCCUACCCACACAUCGCCUACAACAACACGUACGGCAUCCAAACCGUCAACGAAACCAUCUACCAACAAAUGCUCGACGCCUACUACGGCCCCGGCGGCUGCCGCGACCAGAUCGACGCCUGCCGCGCCCAAGCCGCCCUCUCCGACCCGGACGACACAGGCUCCAACUCAACCCUCAACGCCCUCUGCGCCUCAGCCGAGAACUUCUGCUCCUCCCGCGUCCGCGGCCCCUACCUCGACGUCUCGGGCCGCAACUACUACGACUUCGCCACGCUGGACCCGGACCCGCUCCCCCCGCCCUUCUACGAAGGCUACCUCAACCAACCGCACGUGCAAGCCGCGCUCGGCACCCCACUGAACUGGACGCAAUCCUCCUCGCCCGUGGGCGCCGCCUUCCGCUCCAUUGGCGACUACGUCCGGCCCGGCUGGCUCGAGGACCUCGCCUACCUGUUGGACAACGGCAUCAAAGUCACGCUCAUGUACGGCGACCGCGACUACGCCUGCAACUGGAUCGGCGGGGAAGCCGUCUCGCUCGCCAUCCCGCACGCGUCCGCCGCCGAGUUCGCCUCGGCGGGCUACGCGCCUCUCAUGGCCAACGACUCGUAUGAGGGGGGGAUGGUGCGUCAGCACGGCAAUUUGAGUUUCGCGCGCGUUUACGAGGCGGGCCACGAGGUGCCGUUCUACCAGCCGGAGACGGCGUAUCGGGUCUUCACGAGGAGUCUGUUCAAUGUGGAUGUCGCCACGGGGGAGACGUCGACGGUGGAUGGGGAGUAUAGUAGUAUAGGGCCGGAGGAUUCGUGGGGCCAUAGGAAUGAGUCCCCGGAGCAGCCGUUGCAGUACUGUUAUGUCUUGGAUCCUGGGGCGACGUGUACGCCGGAGCAGGUUGAGGGGGUGGAGAACGGGACGGCGGUGGUGAGGAGUUGGAUCGUCGUGGAUGGCAAUAGUUCUGUGCUAUUUCCGGAUGUGGUGGGUGAUGGUGGUGCUGGUGGGAGUAGGCUGUUUUAA